UAUCCGACGAUUAUAGACCAGCCAGUCGAGCUCACCACAAAGACUGUCUAAAUCUUUGGCCUUGAUCGGUCGUUCGCGAGAUGAUUUGCACACAAACAGUCUUUCCCGAUUAACAAACAAUAACUUGUCUAUCCAAUCCAGACUAAGACAAACUACUGCUCAAUUCAAGCUCGUCACUCCAGCUAGAAGAUCUUUUAACACCGGCCCGGUGAUCGGUUUCAGCAAGUAUGGCUGAUCGCGGCGGACGAGGCCGCGGUAGUGAUCGUGGGCGGGGAGACUUCCGUGGACGCGGACGAGGUGACGGUGGUGGUGGCCGGGGAAGAGGAGGUACUGAAGGCGGUGGUCGAGGAAGAGGAGGGUUUGAGGGUGGAGAACGAGGACGAGGCGGCGGUGGUGACUUUCGCGGCGAUCGUGGCGGCGGUGGCUUUCGCGGAGAUCGAGGUGGAGGCGGCUUCCGUGGAGAUCGCGGUGGAGGUGGCUUCCGUGGAGAUCGAGGCGGAGGUGGUUUUCGUGGCGAUCGAGGUGGAGGUGGUUUUCGUGGCGAUCGAGGUGGAGGCUUUCGCGGCGGACGCGGUGGUGCUGCAGAAGGACCUAGAGUGUUUGGAAGUGGGAAUAUCCCUAAACCAAAUGCCGAGGUCAUGAAGCUUGAGGAUGCUAUGGUCAAGGCUGAUCUGGCCAAGGCUAUGGCAUCCGCUUCACUGGGAGUGGUACUUCCGGUACGCCCUGCAUACGGGAAGCUGGGCAGAUCCAUUGUCUUGUAUACGAACUACUUCGAGUUGAAGGGCAUCCAUCCGAACCUGGAUCUCUACCGAUACUCGGUGUCAUUCCAACCCGACGGCGAUAAGAUGCCAAAAGCAAAGAAGCGCCGUCUUGUCGAGCUUCUACUACAAAACGCUCCCUUUGAAGGUCUCCCUAUCGCUAGCGACUGGGCUCAGAUGCUUGUAUCGCCGGAGAAGAUAGCGAUCGGCGGAGACAAGGCCAGCUACACGAUAGAAUGGUACCCAGCGGAUGGCGAGCCGCUCCCCGCCCCAGGGCCCGACGAUACUGACAGAGUCAAGGCGGCGCGAAAGAGGUGCACAUUCAAGGCCUUGGUGGACGAGCUGGGUACCGUCUCACUGAAGGAGUUGCUCGACGAUGUCUCGAAGCCAGGGUCCAAUUACCCACUCAAGCUUGAGACCAUCCAAGCGCUCAACAUCCUGAUGACACACAGUCCAAGUAGUGACUCGAACAUCGCUACCGCAGGUGGCAACAAGUUCUAUCCAUUCGACAACCAUCCUCAGCUACAAUAUGCAGAUCUAGGGUCCGGCCUACAGGCCCUCCGCGGAUACUUCACCAGUGUGCGAACUAGUGUCAACCGCCUGCUUGUCAACGUCAACGUUGCUACAGGUGCAUUCUACAAGCCCGGACCUCUUCUUGAUGUCAUGUCGGAGUUCACUGGUGGCUAUCCGCCGAGUAAUGCGUACCAGUACAACAAGUUAGCGGCUUUUGUCAAGCUGCUCAAGUUUGAAACAAACUACCUCCCGGAUCGCAAGAAUAAGGGCCAGACAAAGAGGAAGCAGCAUGUCAUUACUAACCUGUCCUUGUUCGGCAAGGAUAGUUCUAAUCUCACCUUCGACAUGACAGACAAGAACGGGAAGCGAACCAAGUUGUCCAUCGCGGAGUAUUUCAAGAAAACGUACAACAUGACUCUGUCAGUGCCCAAGGCUCCUGUCGUCAAUUAUGGCACAAGGGACGAUCCAAAGUGGAUUCCUGCAGAGCUGUGCACCGUCUUACCAGGCCAGCUUGCAAAGCGUCUGCUGCUCGGCCCCCAGACGAGCGAGAUGAUCAAGUUUGCAGCGCGGCGACCCCACCAGAACGCCGAGUCAAUCACUGGGGACGGUCUACAAGUCACCGAGAUCAACCCCAUGGCGGAUGGGCUGAACGUCGCACUCAGCAGGUUCGGGAUCAAGGUCGAUCCUCAACUGCUGACGGUACCCGGACGCAUCCUUCCAGCUCCCGAGCUGCAGUACAGAGCCAAAACCCACCGACCUAGUGGUGGGGCUUGGAACCUGGAUCCCAGAGCUCUUGGAGACAAACCUUUCCGCCAUGUUGCGAAGCCUCUCGGGGCAUGGAGCACUCUCGUCAUCAACUCGGGCACCCGUGACACCAUCAUGGGAGGGCCGAACGCUGUUAAAAUGCAUCUGGAGGCGUUCAAACAGGCACUACAUUCGUAUGGACUCGGUCCUGGCGCAGUACAAGAGCCGGUCUACGUCAACGUUGCCUUUAACGAUCUCAACAACAAGGCAUUUGCGAAGAUCCAGGCACAAAUCUUUGACACGUUGAAGAAGGGGUUCUCGACAAAACCGAACUUUCUGUUCGUUCUCUUGCCCAGCGACAAUGCCACCCUCUACGAUGCCAUCAAGUACGUGUGCGACUGUCAACUCGGCAUCCCCAAUAUUUGCAACAUUGGGCAGAAGUUUUCCAAAGAACGUGGGCAACCGCAGUACUUUGCCAACGUGGCGAUGAAGUUCAACCAGAAGCUUGGUGGCGUCAAUCACAUUGUAGAUGCAAAGCAGAUGGCCCCUCUUGACCCACAAACCAUUCUGUUCGGAAUCGACGUAACACACCCAUCUCCUGGAAGCUCGGAAAAGGCGCCUAGCAUCGCAGGCGUGGUCGCAUCGGUCGAUGCUCUGUUCUCGCAGUACCCAGCUAGCAUGCGUACGCAGGAAGGCCGGGUUGAGAUGGUCAGCGAAUUGGAGGAGAUGAUCAUUGAGCGGCUCAAGCUCUGGCAGAAGCGGAACCAGGGCCGGCUUCCUACCAAAGUCAUUGUGUACCGCGAUGGUGUUUCCGAGGGCCAGUACCGACUGGUGCUUGAGAACGAGCUCCCUGCGUUUGAGGCAGCAUUUGACAAGCUGUAUGGCGCGAAGAACAAGCACCCUAAGAUCUCGAUUGUCAUUGUCGGCAAGCGUCACCACACCCGCUUCUACCCAACCAAGAUUGAGGACACGGAUGGUAAGACGGGCAACCCAAUGCCGGGGACUGUCGUCGAUCGCGGGGUCACGGGCGAAAAGCUGUUCGACUUCUUCCUGCUUGCGCACCAGGGCCUGCAGGGUACGAGUAAGCCGGCACACUACGUUGUCAUUAAGGACGACAUCAAGCUCGGGGCAGACCAGUUGCAGAGCCUGACGCACAGCCUGUGCUACACGUUCGCGCGGGCAACGCGGGCUGUGAGUAUCUGCCCGCCGGCGUACUAUGCGGAUCUACUGUGCGAACGCGGACGAUCGUAUCUGCACAGCGUGCUCAAGGGCGAUGGCAAUACGAACUUUGACGAUACGCAGUGGCGUAAGGAUGUGGCGGCGCCGCUGAUGGAGUCGAUGUACUACUUGUAGUACCCUGAUAUUCUCAUCAUUAUUGGUGUGAUUUACACGAACUUUCCUGUCAUCCAGAUAGGAAUCACUGAGCCAUUCAGAACCGGAUGUUUCGACAGAGACAUCCGGUUCCAAGGCAGCCAUGCACGGAAUCGAGGGAGAGAUGGUGCGCGGCUGUCUCCACAGUCAUCACCCUGGUGGUACUGUUC